UCCUCCCGUGAAGCUGACAUGUGGGGUAGAGCGGUUUCGGCCCCACCUGCCCAGUGAUAAGGUGGGCGCCAGCGAGUGGGGCGUUCCCUAUUGGCUACGGCCUACGGGGUCCGCACGCCACCGCCGUUCUGGAUAUACUUAGUGGAUGACAUGUGGGGUCGGCACGUGGUCUGGGGCCCAUCCUCUGACAGACCGCGUAGUGGUGCUCGGCUCCGGUGUGCUCGUGGGAUUUCUUUCUCCUCGCGCCGCCACCGUCCACCGGCCGAUCAGAUCCAGCGCUUUCACCCGGCGGCUCCGGCGGCGGCGAGGCCCGCCGGCGAUGUCUCCGGCGGCGGCUUGGUGCGCGCAGCACCGCCUCAGGUUCCUCCUGUCGGCGCUCUUCCUCGCGCCCGUCGUGUACUUCCUGCUCUCGCCCCCGUCCUCUCCCCCCUUCUUCAGCAUCCCCGCCUCCGGAGAGCUGCCUGCUUCGGGCUCGCGGGUCAUAUGGGCUCAGCGGCGGUUGGUGGAGUGGAGGCCGUGCGGGUGGUGGCAGACGGCACCAGUGCCUGCUCCGUUGAGGAGAAACGGGUACGUGAGAAUCGACUGCUACGGCGGGCUCAACCAGCUGCGACGUGAUCUAUGCGAUGGAAUUGGGGUUGCACGUCUCCUGAACGCGACGAUGGUUCUGCCCAAGUUUGAGGUUGCCGCCUAUUGGAAUGAGUCUAGUGGCUUUGCAGAUGUUUUCGAUGUUGAUUACUUCAUUGAGCAGACCAGAGGAUAUGUAGAAAUUGUGAAGGAGAUUCCAGCAGAGAUAGCAUCCAAAGAGCCGUUUAAGGUUGACUGCAGUAAACGGAAAGGACAUUUUGAUUAUGUUGAAUCAGUACUUCCGGCUCUCUUGGAGCAUCAAUACAUCUCGCUGACACCUUCCGCGAAUCAAAGAAGAGAUAGAUACCCCUCAUAUGCAAAAGCUUCUUACUGCCAAGGUUGCUACAAUGCACUCAGGUUGAAUAAAAAAGUGGAAUCCAAGGCUAUUGAGCUGCUCCAAACUAUACCAAAACCCUUCGUAUCCCUUCACCUCAGAUUUGAACCAGAUAUGGUCGCCUACAGUCGAUGUGCAUACACUGGUCUUUCUUCCAAAUCACUGGACUCCAUUGAAGCUGCUCGUGGGGAGGGUAGGAUGGUAUUGACAGGUGAUGCUGCCCGCCUGUGGAGGAACCGCGGCAAGUGCCCUCUGACACCAAGUGAAACAGCAUUUAUCCUCCAAGCGUUAGGCAUUCCUACAAGCACAAACAUUUAUUUAGCUGCUGGCGAUGGGUUAAUGGAACUUGAGGGCUUCACGUCCGUUUACAAAAAUAUAUACACAAAGUCAUCUCUCCUGACUAAUGAAGAUUUUGAGAGGAUGCAUGGAAAUACGAAAGCUGCUCUUGACUAUUAUGUUUCAAUCAACAGUGAUGCAUACAUUGCCACUUUCUUUGGAAAUAUGGAUAAGAUGGUAACUGCAGUGAGAACAAUGCAAGGUCUCCAGAAGACACUAGUGUUGAGCAGAAGGGCUUUUGCAAACAACUCUGCUGCUGGACUAGCAGGAGAGCAACUGGCUAAGGCUAUGUGGGAUGCUCAUCGAGAGGAAUAUAUCAGGGGCAGGGGAUCAGCUCUGCCUGAGCAAUGCUUUUGUGAGUUCAGAUUGUAGCACAAGUGGCUCAAGGUUAUCAUAAACGAGCACUGCAUGUUUAAAGCGACUCAUUGGUGAUGUGAUUGUGGGAAUACGAAUGAACUAUUAUUGCAAUGUGAUUAUUUCUUUGGCUUCACAAGAAACUGUUUUUGAUCGGAUGGGCUUCAACUGGUUGCAGAGAAGGCUUGGCACUCAGUACAGAGAUGUUUUAUUACCUGGCCUUCUGCGUGAGCCAGCUGCGCUGUGGUAUCUUUCAGUAGUGGCACUGUGAGUCUGUGGCAACAGACUGAUCUGCCACCCUGACCAAGACCAAGGAAGGGUUGGGCUUCAUGGUAUGCCACGCCAGCCGAUUGUUCAUGGACUACCACCUUGCGGUGCGUGUUAAUAGUCACGGUUAUUUCAUCUGUCUAGGCUACUGGUGAUGAGAAGGCAAGCAGCCAGGAAAUGUUCACUAUGAUGAGUCCGUCUGUUCCUAACUCCGAUUUUAGCUAGAUUCAAUGAAAAUUCAGCGGAGUCGUCUGUGUACAAAUGUCGAUUUUGUUAUAUCUUGACAGUGGAGUGGUUUGGUACUUGAUGCCCAAGUCAUUUUGGUUUCUAGAAUGAGAAUCUGGUCCAACAGCUACUUUAAUUCAAGUCAAUGAGAUUAAUGCCCAACAAGAAGUCAAGAACCUCCCCGAACAGUAUAGUGAGUGUACAGCAAUCAUUCAUGUGUGCUGUGAAAAUAUUAAUCAAGACUGCCAGUUGCAUAGGUCAUAGUCAUCAUUACACCAUGCAUGCUUAUGUAAGGUAACUAAUCUAUGGAGUUAGUGGAUGUCUCAUAUUUUCUAUCAUUAGCAACUUCUCUCUUCCUUAUUUUUAUAAGGUUUUCAAUAUGGACUUAA